AUUAAACAGAAGAAAAUAUUUUUCAAACGAAAUGGUGGCCUUUUGUUGGAACAGCAAAUACACUCGAGUGAAAACAAUGUCGAGCAAACCAAGUUGUUCGAUGCAAAAGAGUUAGAGAAGGCAACAAAAAAUUUUAGUAUAGACAGAGUUCUUGGACAAGGAGGUCAAGGCACUGUGUACAAAGGAAUGUUGGAAGACGGAAAGAUUGUUGCGAUAAAGAAGUCUAAAAUAAUUGAUGAAGCCAAACUCUCAGAAUUCAUUAAUGAGGUUGUUAUUCUUACGCAAAUCAAUCAUAGAAAUGUUGUCAAGCUAUUGGGAUGUUGUUUGGAGACAGAUGUUCCACUUUUAGUUUAUGAAUUUAUCCCAAACGGAACACUUUCUGAGUAUAUUCAUGAGAGAAAUGCAGAGUUUCCUUUUACAUGGAGCAUGCGAUUACAAAUUGCAACUGAAGUUGCAGGAGCUCUUUCAUACUUACAUUCAGCAGCUUCUUUUCCAAUUUAUCAUCGGGAUGUUAAGUCUACAAACAUACUCCUUGAUGAAAAAUUGAGAGCUAAAGUUGCAGACUUUGGUACAUCAAGAACUAUUUCCUUAGAGCAAACACACUUGACUACUGUAGUUUAUGGCACAUUUGGUUAUCUAGAUCCAGAAUAUUUUCAAACAAGCCAAUUUACAGAUAAGAGUGAUGUUUAUAGUUUUGGAGUGAUUCUUGUUGAGCUCUUGACUGGACAAAAAGCAAUAUCUGCAACAAGAUCAGAGGAAGGAAUAAGUUUGGCAACAUAUUUUAUAAUGACAAUGGAGGAAAAUAACAGUAGUCUGUUCAACAUUCUUGAUAGUCAAGUUCUCAAAGAAGCGCCAAAAGAAGAGAUCAUAGUUGUUGCUGAUCUUGCACAGAGAUGCUUACAUUUGAGCGGAAGGAAUCGACCUACCAUGAAAGAAGUAGCAAAGGAGCUAGAGAGGAUACAAGUCAUUGAUAAUAAAGAUUCAAAGGGUAGUCAACAUAAUUAUAAAGAGUUAGCGUAUGCACAACCUGAAGUUAUAGACUACUCUUGGAAUGCUUCCGCGUCAUCAACUUUUUAUAAUAAUGCUUCUAGCUCCUCGUUGCAUCAAGAAUUACCAUUAUUAUAA